AUGGUUGAUUUUGGUAUGGCAUCACCAUACAUGAGUAUUAUGUUACGUAGUAGACGUCAACCAAGUAAUCGUCCAAGAAGUCAAGUACAACGACGUAGACGAGGUCCACGACAAAUUCGUUUAAAUGAUUUUAUGCCAAUUGAAUUGCAUGAGCCUUCAACAAAUCUUCCACCUGAAUUUAAUAUAGCUACAGUAACGGCCUCGACAACAACAACAACUACUACUACUAUGAACGUUCCACCAGAUGCAUUACCGCAGUGUGAAAUAUUUACUCGAAAGAAUACAACUCAACCUUUUACAGUGAAUCAAAAUAAUCAAAAUCAACAGGUUUGGCAAGCUUAUUUAAAAAUGAGUACUGAGCAAAAACAUUGGGCUAAAGAAGUUGUUCGCCGUACAAAAAGACGAGAUAAUAUUAUUAAUACUCGAUUUGUUCAAAAGAAAAUUAAUCGAUUAACAACUGUUAUUGCUGAAGCAUGUGCUACUAUUUCAGAAACACAAAUUCAAUUAUCCACAUAUUGGAUGCAAACUAUUUCUGAAACUACAAAUCAAAGAUUAGCUCAAACAACAGCUAAUAUAAUAGCCAAAAAAUUAUCAGUCGAUAGAACAUGUCAAACAAUAGCUGUAGGAAGUGUAGAAACAAAUACAAAUGAUGAAUUAGGUACAGGAACUACAGCGGCUGCUCCGACAACUACUGUUAAAAAUUAUGUACGUGAACCAGUUGAACGUAUUGAAAAAUAUAUAUUAGAAUAUAUUUAUUUUUUACUAUCAAAACGUAUUGAAUUAGAUAUGCCUCCAAAAAUUAUUGAUAAAGUUGUUUUUUCUUUUAAAAUUGAUGAAUCAAUUAUAAGUCAAGAUGAAGCACAAGCCAUGUAUAAUCAAAUGCGUCAAAUUACGAAAGAUUUUCGGACUCAAGCAAUGAAAUUAUAUGUUCAACCAGCUGCUCGAGAAAAUGAAAUCUUAUCGAAUGAAAUUAAAAGUAUUAUUGAAAGAUUUCCAUAA